UUUUACGGAAGGGAGAAAUCACAUCCACAUCCAGAUCACAUGUCGAAUUGAUUUGAUUUGCGACAAACAAGAUCACAUCGCAAGUAGAACGGAGGUAAAUAUCGAGGAACAUGCGCUCGAGCAGAGACAUCAUUCAAAUGGCACAAUCCUCUAAAUCAUACCUUCUGAACAUCCUCAAGACUAUGUCAAGGGCUGGAGGUGUAAAAAUACCCAGAUUUGUCGAUACCCAAAAUGACAAUUCUUUCGGAAAAUACGCCGUAGUCCAACCUUGGCUGGUCUCUGAAAAAGUCAUCGUACCUUCAUACAUACCCCAGCCAUCCUACAGCCAGUCGGCGGAACCUAAAAAUGGACCGGCGACACCCGAGAUCAAAGAUGAAUGUCAAAUAGAAUGUAUGAGGCAGAGUUGUAAACUUGCUGGUCGCGUUCUGCGUCAAGUUAAUGCAUUGAUUAAGCCAGGUAUCACAACCGAUUUUCUUGACAAGCAAAUACACGAUAUGAUUAUUGGCAAUGGAGCUUAUCCCAGUCCGCUCAACUACCGUGGCUUUCCCAAGUCUAUAUGUACGAGUGUUAAUAAUAUCGCUUGCCACGGUAUUCCAGACAACAGGCCUUUACAAGAAGGAGAUAUGCUCAAUGUUGACAUAACAGUAUAUCUUAAUGGUUAUCAUGGCGAUUGCUCAGCUAUGUUUCAAGUGGGUGAAGUAGAUUCAGAAGGCAAACGAUUGAUAACGGUCACGGAAUUGUGCUUGAAGUCAGCUAUUGAAAUAUGCAAACCAGACGAACGUUUUUGUAAUAUUGGUAAUGUGAUAGAAGAGACAGCAAAUAAACACAAUUUGAAUGUAAUACCUGGACUUUUGGGUCAUGGUAUUGGAACUUAUUUCCACGGUGCUCCAGAUGUUUAUCAUUUUGCAAAUGAUUUUCCUGAGAAAAUGAAAGCAGGCAUGACAUUCACCAUCGAACCAGCUUUAAGUCAAGGAACAACGCAGAUCGAAAUUCUGGAAGAUGGCUGGACAGCUUGCACUGUCGACAAUUCUAGGGCAGCUCAAGUUGAACAUACAAUUUUAAUAACAGAUACUGGAUGCGAAGUACUAACGCUCUAGUCUAUAAUCGGUAUUAUUGUUAUUUAUACAAAAAGUAUCUAUUAAAUGUUAUUUCCGGUAUACAUAUAAAUUAAUUUCCAUAUACGUUUUAAUGUUGCAAGUAUUAUGUCGCGUUUUUACGCGUAAAAA